AUGUCCACGACCGCCACAGAGACCCAGAACAAUUCACCAGAAAUCACCAUCUUGACACGCUUCGGCUCUAUCCCUCUCGUCUCUGGUUCGCUGGACUCCAUUAACAAAGCCCUGACGACCAACUCUUACACGCGUACUCCUUAUAACACCGCGAAGGAGCUUUCUAUCACCGCAUAUAAGUAUACCGAGCCCAUUCAGGUUCGCCUUGCGCCUCUCAUCGUACGUGCGGACGUACUCGCCAACAAGGCUGUUGACGCUGUCGAAGCGCGUUACCCUUACCCCUUCAUUGCCAAGCCUGAGGAGGUUGCCACUUAUGUUCAUGAGCGCCGCCAGAGCGUGACUGACUACUAUAACGGCACCGUCGACGGUGUCACCAAGGUUGUUGACGAACGGGUCAGGAGCCCAGCAGUGCAAGCCGCUCAGGGGCUGGACCAGCGCUUCGCUCCCAUCGUUGAUUACUUUGAAAACCGACUUGGAAACUCUUCGGAGGCUGGUCCAUCGAACCCCGAUACUAAGUAUCAGUACCAGCGAGCCCUCGCUCUUUCCCAGACGGUCAAGGACAACAUCUACACCUACUCUGCGGAGCAGAUAAAACAACUUCAGGCGCAGUCAGUUCUCGCUCAACGGGCAACCGACACCGCACAGUCCAUCACCACUCUCGCCUCUUCUUCCAUCUCAUCCGCUCAGUCCCGUAUCCAUUCCCUGUCCGACAACAUGGUUUCUGAACUUCAGAAACUGCAGUCGUCGACCGCCUCAUUCGCUUCGAGCUUCCAAAACACCCUCCAAUCUUCCGCCUCCCAGCUCCACGCCAUCCAACCUCAGAUUCAACAGACGUAUAGCGAGCUCGCGACAUCCCUCACAUCAACGGCGAAUGAACUGGCGAACAUCAUCAAGCAGAAGGACCUCCCCGUUCAGGAGAAGGUCAGUCGCGUCAGCAAGGAAGUCCGCGACAGUGUCACGCCGUUGCUCGAGGCCGUCAGGAAGGGCGUAUCCGAUUUGCUUGCUCGUGGCAAGGCUCAGGCAUCUGAAGCGGCGGAGGCGACACAGAAGGGUCAGGCAUCUAAAUCAUCCAAAUCGUCCAAACCGACUACCAACGGCAUCAACGGGCCAAAUGGGCACGCUUCGGAAGCGGAGUAGAGUCUUUGUAUAUGCGUAUGAUUCUUUCUGAUUCUUCAUUUCCCGCCUUCUGGUUCAUGUCAUUUCACUGGCCUCGUUAUCGCAUCCCUCCUAGAAUGUACAAACCCAUAGACGCUUCGUAACUAUCACGCUCAUUUUUCCAAGAACUCCCCUUCCCUCAGCGCACCCCAUGUACAUACGAUGUUUUUAGACGCAUACAUUCACAUAAAAUAACAAUGAAUGUAUUCACUGGUACAAUCGAAAUUCCUUAUCUC